AUAUGGAUUGCACAGAGAUUUUCUUAGCUAAAAAGAGAGACAGGAAUGGUUGCACAAGUGUACUGCAUUCAAAUCACAAAUCCUAUGACAACGACGAAGCUCAUUACAUUACCACUCAUGAAAUUCAGUUAUGUGAAUUAGACCAUGAUGUAGACGGCGAGUUUGGGUUGGGUUCUCACUGGGAUUUUGAAGACGAAAGCACAAUGUACCCCUUUAUAGAUUAUGCUUCUUUUGACAGUGUGGAAAGCGUGGGAAGCAAGACAAUUCAGGACGAUAAGAAUUAUGUCACUGUGUCCAAGGAUCAAAAACCAGGUACACCCGAUACGCUAAGUGGCUCCGAGACAGAGACACUCAGCACCGAUGCUGAAAAUGACACUACUUGCAGGGGCAAAUACAUCAAGUCAGAGGAAAGUUUGUCAAACUACAAGAAUGGCAGUGGGAAUUCUGCAGGCCAGAUUCACCUGUCAAUCAAAACAACUUCCAGGGCUAUAAAUGAGCCUAGCAACAUACAGGAUAAGCAAAACAGUAUUUAUGCUGCCAGGUCUGAUGAAGACAUGAACUUCUGCGCCAAAAAACAUUCAAGUUCACAAGCAAUACUGGACACAAAAAGUUUUAUUAUUGCGCCUGGACGUGCUCACACUGAAGGUUGCAGAAAGUUUAAUGAAUAUUCUAGUGGCUCCUCAAGCGCUGUCAGUGAGCUUGAUGACGCUGACAAAGAAGUACGAAAUUUAACAGCUAGAGCUUUCAGGAGCCUAGCAUGUCCCUAUUUUGACCCCUUUCAUUUUAGCUCUGGAGAAUCCUCCUCUCUCUCAGACACCAACUUUGGACUCAAACAGUGGUCAGCAUAUGUUGAUCUGAAAUGUGCUAAUCUUACCCACACCGGAGAGCAGAAUAUAUUCUGUCACAACAGUCUAGAGGCAGCAUUUGGAGUAAAUACAAACACGCCAAGCGAAAUUAAGAACCAGUUCUCUUCCAGUCAGUAUAAUAAACCUCCGUCUAAAGGUUUAGAUUUAAUUGUGGGUGGAUCAGAUACCGCGCUAGCAAACCCAGGGAAUAAUGAGCUAGAGUCUGAAGUUAUAACUCUGACAGAGACUUUAGAUUUCUGCUGCGGUGCUAAUGCAACUGUUCCAGAAAACGAAAGGCGUGUUAAACACUCUGAAAAUGUUUUAGGAUCACGUUCCACAGAUGAAAUUACAGAAACCAUGUCAAGAGAGCUUAGACAUGAGGCCAACCGAGAGACCUGCAAUACAGAAGAAGCAAUGGAUGGCACACAGAAGAAAUCAACAUUCGCUUCAAGUCUUCUCAAAAAUGUCAUAUCUAAAAAAAUGCAGUUUGAGCAGGAACUCAAAAUGGAAAGGGGUGAGGUCAAGGAUACAUCUCGGCCAUCGGGUUCUUUUUCCUCAUCAAAGGAAAUCAGUUCAAGGGAAAGGUCUGUAGAUGGUGACUCUGCAAACUUUCAAAGGCAAAAUUCUCGGUUCUCAGACAGCAGUUCAGAAUACACAAUUCUUGCGGGAGAUGAAGCUGACGAUUUUUUGGACUGCAAGCAAAAUAGUUCUAAAGACUCCAUUGCUAAAGAUGAACCUAUUAUACAGUCGGAAGAGCCGUCGCACUGCAAAUUAUCUUAUGAAGACGCUGGUGAUUCUAAAAGGAGACAUGAUGCAGUCGAAGCUGCAAAGGGCACACUGUUGCCCAGUCAAAACAGCGCUUUUAGGUCUUGGAGAGAAAAUGAUGCAGAUAGCAAAGAUGCCACAGGUACGCAUAACGUAAUAUUAAUUAAACAGCACGCAUACAAAGACUAUCAGAGCAAAGCAGAUUUCGGCGAAACGUCUAGCAUUAAAUCAACUAAGAUGUCGCAUUUGUUUGUACCAGGUAUACAGCAAGUGCCAAAAGAAACAGAACAAGGGAAAGACCUCCCAAAUAGUACGUAUGCAAGGAUGCCAUCUGCAAAACAAUUAGAUUUAGAUGAUGAAGCAAAAACAAGGGCUGCUAAGUCUGUCUACGCAGAAAACGCACCCAGAACUGCAGCUCCAGCAGGCUCGCCUGAAAUCAAAAUAAGUCUGAAAAAUGUGAAAGAAAACAAUUCUUUCAACAUCGCUAAACUGCUGACUCCCAAAAUAGGCACCGGCGCUAGCAAUAUACAAAAAAACCACACUGACCCCAAAUACCAAACAUCGGUUAAAGGAGACCUUCUAGAAAAAGUUCCCCAGUUUACUGUACGGGAUAUCAGGGACAAUAAACACAAAUUUCAGACACCGAUCCAUCAAGUGCGGGAUGUGAGGAAGAUGGUUAAAAGCUUAUACCACUUUGUGGCUGCUGAUGGCGACAAGGGAGCUUCAGAACAGAAACCCUGCUCUCAACAGGAAGCAACCCGCUCUUCUGUAUCACCUAUAAUUAUAAAAUGUCAGUCCGUGAAUAACAACGAUUCUGGGAUUAAACCAAACAGCCCAGAAGAAACAAGGAAAUCGCCACCCCUGACAAACACUCAAGAUACUUCUAGGACUUCUCCCGAAGGCACAGUCUUGGUUCACAGGGCAUCAGGAAGGAUACCUGUUGCAAGUACUAUGAAACCAUCUAAAACAGCGCCAGACGCUACACUCAACAAGCAAGAGAGUAAAGAUCCAAACGUAGGCAAAUUAAAGAAAGAAAAAUCUCUGGAUGAAGACUCAAAAGCAUCCACAAGCAAAGUGGCAUUAGAAAAACUUACUGCCGCGGUUAAAACAAUGGAGCAGUUGUAUACUUUCGAUAAACACGAGUGGAAACGCAAGACUGAACCCCGGCCAAUAACCGAUAGUCAUGUACUUUCCCUAAUCGCCAUUGAAGAAGGGCCUCUGAAGUCAAGUAUUCCUCCCAAUGAAGCAUGGACCGGAAGAGGAGAAGAAAGCAGCAUAGCAGUGGUAGGAACAACUUCAUCCUCUGACCGUUAUAUUAAGAAAGAUCCAAAUAUAUCCACUGAAAAACUUCCUUUAAAAGGCCAACCCGGAUCGUAUACAGAAGCAGCCACUCAAAAGGAACAAAACCAACACUUCAAAAAUGUUGACAUUCCACAAAGCAGAUAUGAGAACGAGGGUGCAACCCCGCAACAGAAAGACGCAAGUACAACAUCAAGUCAGAAAAAUACACUGGCCUUCACCAAUAAGAAAAAUGUCACUAACCCAUUCACAGAAAAAGCUUCUCAAAUGAAUAUGGCCCCACUAGGCGCGAAGCACUUCACCAAAGAUUCCCCGCAGUUUUUGAAGUCCCUGAAAAUACAGACUAAGGUGUCACAAGAAGUACCCAAGCCAGCAUUCGGGUUUGAAAAAACUCCCACGCAGCAUCAGCAGACAAGUCAGGCAAGUUCCGAUCACGGAAAUUACCUCGCCAUCCCCGUCAAAGAACCUCAAAAUGAAGCGAAAUAUUUAGCAGCUCGUGAACAAACAUCCAUUUAUCCACAAGCUAGAGCCCAGUCCACCUCAAACAGCCCGAAAGGCCCAAGUAAACCAACAGAUGUUUUGCGGAACCAGGACAUUAACGGCCAGUCGGCACGUGCACCCUUAACGACAAAACAGGAGACGCUGUCCCCAGAGGUUCCCGCGGCAACCAUUUACCAUCAUGCGCUGCCAGUAUCGUUACACACUGCCCAGCCUCAGGUCAUCUGUUUUUCCCCGCCCAUGGCUACAACACCAGACCAGUUUCAACAGACCCAGCGCAGGAUGCUACUGGACCCCGCCACGGGGCAGUAUUUCCUGGUAGACACACCCGUUCAGCCUGCCACAAGAAGACUAUUCGAUCCUGAAACUGGGCACUAUGUGGAAGUACCUGUACCACAGUCAUCACCAGUGACACCGGUCCCUUUGUCUGUAUCCCCUAUAGCUUUGAGCCCUGGUGCUUAUGGGGCCGCUUACAUGAUAUAUCCUGGAUUUUUGCCAACAGCUGUACUGCCUGCUAGGACCAUCCAGAGUCAGAUGUCACAAUCAGAAAGUGAGCAUUAUCAGGAAGCAGAAAAAACAAACUGUAAGGAAAGGAGUACCAUUUAUCACAGCGACACACAUUACACGGAAAGUCCUUAUUAUAUGCCAAGUGGUAAAGCUACAAACUCUGCACAGACUCAGUAUGUACAGCAAGGAAGAACGCAUUCGAGGGGAUUCUCAGAAAUAAAGCCUGUAAUUAGCAUUACAUCCCAACAAGGCCCACGGAUAAUCGCACCACCAUCCUUUGAUGGCACCACAAUGAGUUUUGUGGUAGAACAUCGAUGAGUCGGGUUCAGGUAUUUGCAACCGCCAAUGAAGAGGCAUGGAUCACUAAUAUCAGAAGACUCUUGAUUGUACCAAGAUCAUUCAUAAGCCAACUUCUACAGAUUUCUCAUACUUUUACUCUAAACAAAUGUGUGUAUUUUUUUGAAUGCCCAAAUGUCAUUGUUGCAGUAUGCAUAUAUUACAUGAUGCAAUACAGUCUGUAUAUUUUAUCUGCUUUUUCUCUCAUUGCAGAACAUUCUGUUUUACUGUGCAUCUGUACUAAAUGAUUAGGUGAACCUUGAGCAUGUUACCUACAUUUAACGCUCCAGUAAAGUGAAACAAUUGGCUUGAUAAGAGUUAAAUGUCAUCAGAUUUCUAAGUUGCAAUCUGCAACCAACUAGCUUUGUUGUGUAUCACUGCAAAAUGAUAUAUGUGGAGUGCCCUGUGCCAUUUUAACAAUCAAAUGUCUAAAUGAUACAACACAGAGCUACCCUAGUUUAUUUAUAUAAGAACACUGCUUAUCACAUAUGUGUUAUUGAAUGCCCUUUUCAGCUAUUGACUGUUUAGUAUCCUGAUUUUUUUUCCUUCUUAACCAUGUUAGCAGUUAUCUUCUUGGGCAACAUACCAGCAGUACUUCCAGAAUCUGUAUUACAACAGUUACAAAAUGAAUACUUUCCUGUUUACCAGUUAGGAUUUUAAAAGGUAGUGUGUGUGUGUAUAUAUGUAUAU